AUCUGGAAAAAAUAAAGGAAAAAAUAUAUAAAACAUAGUAACCUUAAAACUGAUAUACACAUCGCGGAAUUUUUAUCGAAUUCGAAUAAAACUGUAUAAAUUUUUAUUAAAACAAGAGGAUUAAUUACCUUUCUAUGAGAAAUAAAUAAAUUAUGAAUUGAUACGGUUUAUUGAAAGUAUUAAAAUUAUUAAGCAACUUGCGGAUGUUUGUUCCGUUAUUUGCGAAUGUUUGCAAUUCAUAUUUUUAUGAAGAUAACUGAUCUAUAUAAAGAUUUGUUUCACCAAUAAUUGUAAUGAGCACUUUUUAAUAUAAAUUUUAUAUCUCUACACAUUCUGUACACAUAUAUGGACGAUCUUAUUAAUUUUAUAAUUUAUUUAAAAUGAAUCGAUUUUGAUUAUUAAUUCAUAAAAGUCAAUUUUAUCGUGUUAAAAUAUUUUAUUAAACGCAUAUAUAUAUAUAUAUAACGAUAAUAAUAAAGGAACUUUCUUUUACGUUGUAAAAUAAAAUUUUAUCCAUGAUAAACGAGCUUCUCGAUAUCAUAAACGAUAGCAUAUGAAAUUAAAUUAUAUCACGAGCGUAACCGUACUGCAGAGAACGUAAUACUAACGUGGAGUAAAAUGAUGCUGCAGAUGUUUCCCCGUAAAGAAGGGAAAAUUAACGUAGUAGGUGGAAAACAUCGAGGCCGUAGCGCAGAAAAUACUGCGUUUGCGCAGCGCAGGUAUGGGGCACCUUAUAGUGCAGGGUACGCGCGACAGUGAAAGUAGCGAGAAGUCGGGCGCUGAUUGGUCGGUUGGCGGCCGAGGUACGUCGGAGCCUGGCGGGCACCCUCGUGCCUGCACGGCCAGGCCGUACGCCUUCAGUCAGUGGCGGACCGUAGACUCGGCAACAUCGUUUAGUGUUGCGUUCGUGUGUACAUGUUAACACGCAGCCUGCCAUCUACGAAAUAAAAAAAGGAUAAACUGAAAGGAUAAAGAAGAGAAACACCUAGCAUUCACGUGUGUGCGAGUGUGUGUUUGUGUGGUAUCUGUGUUGAUUGCAUUAUCGGAGUAUUGCCGGCGGAGUCGUAUAAAAUUUGUGUGCACGCGUGUGUGUGUAUGCCCCCAAGUGUGACGUAACGCGUUGCUACAUCGUCGUGUUUUGUUUAUGCGUCGUACAAUCGAGCUCUCGCACGAUUGUCGUCAAUGCACACGUGCAUAUCGUGGAUGAGCACUGCGCGGUAUGCAAAGCUCGAGUAAAACUCGAGAAAGAUGUCUUCGUACUUUUUCUGAUCUGUUCCGCAGCGAUCAUUCCGGAGGAAAAAAGAGAAAAAGAUAAAUGAAAUUGUCGUAAAGGUGGUGUGGAGAUAAGUGCAUAUGUGUGCGUGGUCGCACCAAAGAGAAAACGAGAAAGUAGAAAGAGAAAAGGAUACGACGAGAAACUCGGUCGUAGAAAAGGAGUGAGAGAGAAGGUUGGUGAAGACGGAGCAGCGUGGAGGAAAACGAGAAGAAGGAAAGAGAGAAAGAGUGGCGCAUAUCAGCGUGACGGAAAAGUGGAACGAACAAGAAAGAGACUCGCUCGAACGAACGUACACACGUUCUGCUGGUGACCUCGAUACACGGAGUACCGACUGUCCGUUCUCGUCGAUCGUGCGCAGCCUCAGAUACGGAGAAUUUCGCCAGUGAAAAUCAUGCAUUUCUACCACGGCUAUUCGGCUGGUUGACGUUCUCGAACAACGCGGCGUGCCUGUGAUAGAGAAAGAUAAACAGGCUUGCUCACUGGCUGCCUGUACGUCAUCUCUUUCUCUCUCUCUCUCUCUCCUUCCCUCUCUCCCUACCGCCCGCGUCUACUGCGUUCCCUUUUGCGCGAUCGUGACCCCGUUUCUUCGAUGACCGACACUCCGUGGCUGCUUGGCCGCCAUUAGAGGAGCCGAGAGCAGGGGAGAGAGAAAGAGAAACGAGAGCAACCGAGGCGAAACGAAGACGAUCGUAGUCUCCCGUCACGAGCUCCCUGUCUAUGUUCACGUACACAGGCGUUUAUCGCACACAUACGUACACACAGAGAAACGGCCUCUGACGAUAUAUGUGUUCGUGCAGCGUGGUAUUGCGUAGAGGAAGAGGGACACGAGGAAAAGCAGCGCGGCCAAGCGAGACGGACGAUGCGUGAGAGCUCGGGGACCAUGGACUCUUGACAGUGAAUCGAUUCUCUCGCGCUGCCCUGACCUCGUAUUCCUUGCCGCAAUUUCGGUCGACGAACGAAUUAUCGAGGUCAACGACUAGCGUAGUAGUUUCGUACCUCGUGUAAACAGAGUGUAUUGCACGCCGUCGCGAAAGGAAAAAUCCGAGGAAAUAAUCGAACGUUAAACGAGACCACGUAGUUAUACGUGAACAAUAAAGCCGCUGUGCGUGCAACACGGCACAGUGGCCGAGAUUUUUUUCCCAACGGAAGUGACGACGAAAAUUGAGACGGUGGAGUCGAAGGAACAGCAAACGGUGGUCCUGAAGGUGGAGCAGGCUGACGAGAUGCUGCAGACGGUGCCUCGUGUGCCUGUCGCAGGGAUUAAGCGACGAUGGGGUAACAGGCACACCGGAAGUCUGCAGGAGUCGAGUCCAGAAGUUUCAAGCAGCGGCGUGUUAUCGCCACCACCGAAUUUUCAACCCUCCACGCCGGAAAGUGCGGUUGUAAAAAACGAAGAACUCCAGCUGUGGGAUUUAGACCUUCAUCGGGGUCUACAGACGAAUGGGGAUCAUUAUCGGGCUACCAUUACCGCCACAACUACCACUACAGUGUUGCCAACGGUCACCGAUCCUGCCUCACCAUUCACCACCACCCCCAUCGAAGGUAGGGACGAGUUGUCGCAGCCUGGCUCUUUGAACGGGUAUGGGAGCAGCGGAGGCGGAGGUGGAGGAGGCGGAGGAGGAGGAGGCGGCGGCGGCGGCGGGGGUGGAGGCGGAGGCAGCGACGGCUGCGACGCAAGGAAGAAGAAGGGACCGACCCCGAGGCAGCAGGAGGAGCUGUGCCUGGUUUGCGGCGAUCGUGCCUCCGGUUACCACUACAACGCGCUCACCUGCGAGGGGUGCAAGGGCUUCUUCCGGCGGAGCAUCACGAAGAACGCGGUCUACCAGUGUAAAUACGGGAACAAUUGCGAGAUCGACAUGUACAUGAGGCGCAAGUGUCAGGAAUGCAGGUUGAAGAAGUGUUUGACCGUCGGGAUGAGGCCCGAGUGCGUGGUGCCCGAAUACCAGUGCGCCGUGAAGCGCAAGGAGAAGAAGGCGCAGAAGGAAAAGGACAAGCCGAACAGUACAACGAUGAACGGUUCCCCGGGCAGUGGUGGAAUACGGAGCGACCAGAUGGGGGUUAAGAUCGAGCCGGCCGAGGCAGAGUCGUUGUCCACGUCCGGGAGCAGUGGAAUUUUGACGCCGGUCAGCCCUUACGGCUACGUGAAACCGAUCAGCCCCGAGCAGGAAGAAUUGAUACACAGGCUCGUGUACUUCCAGAACGAGUACGAGCAACCCAGUGAGGAGGAUCUCAAGAGGAUCACGAAUCAGCCCUCGGAAGGAGAGGAUAUCAGUGAUUACAAGUUCAGGCACAUCACCGAGAUCACGAUCCUUACGGUCCAAUUGAUCGUCGAGUUCUCGAAGAGAUUACCAGGCUUCGACGAGCUGAUGCGAGAGGACCAGAUCGCUCUGCUCAAGGCCUGCUCCAGCGAGGUGAUGAUGCUUCGAAUGGCGAGGAAGUACGACGUGCAGACGGACAGCAUAAUAUUCGCCAAUAAUCAGCCUUACACGAAGGACAGCUACACCGUGGCAGGUAUGGGCGAGACGAUCGAGGAUUUGCUACAUUUCUGCCGGCAGAUGUACGCCAUGAAAGUGAACAACGCCGAGUACGCGUUGUUGACGGCCAUCGUCAUAUUCUCAGAGAGGCCGAACCUGCUCGAAGGCUGGAAGGUGGAGAAGAUUCAGGAGAUCUAUCUGGAGGCGUUAAGGGCAUACGUGGACAACAGGCGCAGACCGAAUCCCGGCACGGUGUUCGCGAGAUUGCUGUCCGUGUUGACCGAGCUGCGGACCCUCGGCAACCAGAACAGCGAGAUGUGCUUCAGCCUCAAGUUCAAGAAUAAAAAGCUGCCAGUUUUCCUCGCCGAGAUCUGGGACGUGACACCCUAGUUCCCCCGUAGCCGAUCCCCGUCGGCUAAUAGUGUUGUUUCAUCGCGAGUCCGCGUGGCGCCCGGAACGUUGAAGCUGAACACCGAAGGGAGCAGCGCAAUCGUCGGCAGGCGCGGUACGCGGACGUGGAGAACCUCCUGUACUAGUGCGCCACCACCAUGCCACUGCCUACCCCGAGUAGUAGACAGGUGUCGUCUACUAGUAGCAGCAUCGAAGAAUUCCCGAUCGAUCGAGAAUUCGCUUCUUACCUUCUUAUCUCGGCUCUGCACCGGCUUCGUAAAGCUGUGCUAAAACGGGGGCUGCGGCAGCUUUCGGCAGUGCUUUAGAUGUGGAGCUUAGACGCUGUGGAGGAGGAUGAUAUUUUGCACGACCAAGUCAGGAGGAACACCGAAGAAGGCAGUGGCGAGGCACCCAGGCUGUGAUACGUAGAGACAGUACAGAGACUGUAAUAAGGAGCUACCUACCGGUUACGUUAUUAUAUUACUAUAUUCUCUACCUGGCUACCCCCGGAAUCGAUAAAUGUAAAUGUAUAAUGUGUAAUGUAUAAGGUAGCGGCUAAAAAGGCGGGGCGCGUUUCAAGGGGGCGACGAGCGUUGGUAUGAAUGAGCUGAGAGGAGUCGAUGGGACGGAGCGCGAGAGAGGGAGUGCGUGUUUGAUCGUAUGCGUGCGCGAUUUUCGGCCGAGUUGCGACUGAAAGGGUAAUCACGUUGUGAUUGUAACGAAUGUAGAACAGGCGGGAUCGAUCGCGCUCUUCUGUAAAUGUGAAACGCUGAAAAGCAAGGAAUUGCGUAGAGGAGGGAGGGAAGGGAAGGGAAGGCCGGUUUGAGCUGUUGAGCAGCGAUCUGGCCCGGCCGAUACGCGAGUCGAGAGUGCGAAAGUAUCGAGGGAACGGAGAGAAAACAAAAAUGAUGAUGAUGAUGAUGAUUAAAGAAGAAAAAAAAAGUAACAAACGAUACGAUUAUACAUAAUGAUACCAUAGAGUCUAUAUCACAACAAAUAGCAUAAUAAUAUAUUGCUAGCAUGUACAUUGUUUAUACGAGGAAAGACGUUGUAAUUAAAGAGUGAUGGGUUUAAGAGAUGCGCCGGUUGAUCGGAUGAAGAUGACAGGUGAGAAUGAUGGGAAGGGAACGGUUGGAACGGUUUUUCCCCCGCGACGAACAAGAUGUCGAAGACGAGGCUUGGCAUUUGCGCGCGUCCGAGUUUUCUUUUUUCGCGAAAAAUGAUGGCAAUGAAAAGGGGUUGCGCGAUGGGAUGUGGGAAGAGAGGGAGAGAAAGAGAGAGAGAGAGAGAGAGAACAAAAGCGCGGUAGCAAUGUAGGACAAUGUUAAGUAAAGUAAAAGUAAGCGAGGCUAGUUGGUAGUAGGUCGUAGUAAGUCAGUGAAGCUAGGCUAGGUGACCGAGUUCAAGUGCAAAGCCUUGUGCCUUCAGCAGCGGACAUCGGCUCACCGACAAACGAAACCAUAAAAUUUAACCGUCCGUUUUAAUUUUUUAAUAAAAAAAAAAAGAUGAAAAAUCAAGCAAAAAUCGAGCAAAAUAUUGUAAAUCUAUGCCAGAGUGAGAGAACGAGGGAGAGAAAGAGAGUGAAAGAGAGGGAGAGAGUGUGUGUGUGAAAGAAA